UGUGAUAAAAAGUAGAGCUGCUGAAGCACGCGGUAGUUUCUUGUUCUUUUCAGUCAUUAACGGAGUGUCGUUCGUUGAAUUUGGAGUGAAUCUUUACUUUCUCGUUUACUUUACUUUUUCGUUUAUAUUUUUAAUCUUUUCUAUUUUAUCGUAAAAUAAGUCGAACAAGAUGCCAGGACAAUUCAAAGAAAUCCAAGCAAAACGUGCAACAUUCGGAAUGGGAUGCUUUUGGGCUGGCGAUUGUCUUUUUGGCGUUUUACCCGGUGUAAUUAGGACUUGCGUUGGCUAUGCCGGAGGACAAAAGGAAUCACCAAUUUAUAGAAAUAUUGGAGAUCAUACGGAAGUCGUCGAUAUCGAAUAUAAUCCAGACGUAAUAUCAUAUACACAAUUACUCGCUUUAUUUUGGCAGAAUCAUGAAUAUGGUCUCACUACAAAGAUCAAGAGACAGUAUAUGUCACUGGUCUUGUAUCAUGAUGAAGAACAAAAGUUGCUAGCUGAAAAGUCACGUGAACAAGAACAGCGGAAGCGUACAAACCUAAUUCUCACCGAGAUAAGAAAAUUCGAAAAGUUCUACCCGGCUGAGGAUUAUCAUCAAAAGUAUCGACUUCGAAAUCAUCCAUGGUUAAUCGAAACUACUGGUCUCACAAGCGACGAGGUUCUUCGAAAUUCACCUUUAGCUGCUAAAUUGAAUGGUUACAUUGCUGGUGCUGGAACGAUCGAACAAUUUGAAAAAGACUUACCUAAUCUUGGUUUAAGUGAGAAAGCUGCGCAAUAUUUACAGAAAUAUGUAAUCGAAAAUCAAGGAAACGGUUUAUAUUGCUAGCUUAAAAAUGUUUAAUAAUUCUUCGUAUGUAGUACAGAUCAAAUAGGAUUUAUUUCCUCGUAAGAAGAAGUUUUUAAAUCUGACAAAAGAUUUCUGUCUUAAAAGAAUAUGUCUUGAAUCGUUCGCCGAACGAUUCUAAUAAUGCGAAUGAGGGUUUAGCUCGAUUUUAAAAAGCAGUUAUGUUCGGUAAAUAUCCUUCUUGUUAGUAUUAAAACCUCUCGUUUUCUAUCAUUUUUAUUAUAGUAUGUAAGUUUUACUAACAGGACAUUAAUGCUAUACUUCAUGCAUAAAUGAGUAAUAACAGGUUUGUUUGCUCAGCAGUAUCGACAUGUCGUUUUUUAAAAAGAAUUAAAAAUUAAUUUGCAGUAAGAUAGGCUGUGAAAGGUAUAUACAGAUAAUUCUGUUUGCAAUAAUUUGUUUUUUGAUCACUUCGUACAUUCUAUAAGUUUUAUAAGUUUAUCGCGUUAUUAUUCAUCCUAAAAAAAAAAAAACAAAUGACUAUAGAGCAUACAACUGAAGCAUGCUUUUUAAAUUCUUCAAGUUGUAACUUUUUGGAUAAUAUUACUAUUUCGUUU